GUGAUUUGUGAUAUUUCGGUUAUAAGAUAAAAUAAACACACACUAGCAAGAUUAUAAGUACCGUAGGACCUUUCAAAGGUUAAAAAUAGAGAAUUCAAAAGAGUGAGGAUGUAUUAAACUGAAGUUCAAGCAUAUAUUUUACCCUCUUUGUUUUAUAAUUUUUACAGUUCUCUAGAAAUUUCCUCUUGAUUUUUUAGAAUUGUAAAUACCUCAUUUAUUUUGAAAUAAAUAUAUUGUUUUUAUUUACCUCUGAUUUAUGAACAACUUUUCAGUUUGUGGAACAGCCUCCUGAGUCUCCUGCUUCAAUUGGUAAACUUACAGGAGGUAAUAACUAGAAGGACUAAAAACACUAUGAACUGAUCGGAAGUACUUCAUUGAACUUUAGAGGGAACCACUGCUUCUUCUCUUUUAUCUCCUCAAAUAACAAUAGCUCAUAAACGAAGCAUACUGUUGCAGAUGUGUUUGAAGCAAAGAAGUAACACGGAUUUUGUGGUUUUCAAUCUCAGAAAAUGGUAAACUUCGAGGUAAGCUGUGUGCUGUUCUAAUAUCCAGAGACUUUGUAGAAGGUAGGAACAGUAAAGAAAUAACUGUAGAGAAGAUUAUGACAAAGCUAGAACAUAUUGUGAUUGCAGAAUCAGGAGUUACUUUGAAGAAAGCUAAUCAAAUUUUAGAGGAAUCUAAAAAAGGAAAAUUAUCUAUCGUUAAUGGUUAUGGCGGUCUUAUAGUAUUGAUUGUUCACACUGACCUGAAAAACAGGUGUAGAAGAUCAGAAAGGCUUGGAAGUUUUAGAUGCAGCUAGUGUGGAUGUUGUAGUUCUAGACUCAUCUUAAGGAAAUUCAAGUUUUCAAAUUGAAAUGAUACACCAUAUAAAGGCGAAAUAUCCUGAUUUACAAGUGAUUGGCGGAAAUGUCAUAACUGUUGCUCAAGCCAAGAAUUUAAUUGAUGCUGGUAUUGAUGGGUUGAGGGUUGGCAUGGGUAGUGGUUCUAUAUGUAUCACUCAAGAAGUAAUGGCAGUAGGAAGGCCACAGGCUAUUGCUGUGUAUAAGGUGGCUGAAUAUGCCCAAAGGUUUGGAGUUCCAGUGAUUGCUGAUACAGGGCAUUCAGUUUAUUGGACACGUCGUAAAAGUGCUUGGCCCAUCCACUAUAAUGAUGGGCUCACUGGUAACUGGUACUUCUGAAGGACCUGGAGAAUAUUUUUAUUUAGACAGUGUAAAGUUAAAGAAGUAUCGUGGUAUGGUCAGUUUAGAGGCCAUGAACUCUAGAGGCAGAAUAUGAAUGUUAAAGGUUAUUAUUGGAUAAAUUUCAAAACCACACAGCCUUGUCUCUAAAAUGCAGGGAAAGACUUCAAUAUUUCGUCAGCCC